AGACCUUAGGGCGAUCAUAUCCCUUCUUCAAUCUGGGCUUCCCUUCUGGAAAACGGAGGGGGCUGGUUUCCCUGAGAACCAAGGGGCUUCCAGCUCUAGAUCCUAGCAUUCCCUCCCCCUCCCCCUGACUUCCCACUGCUCUGCAGGCUUUCCCGGUCUGAAGCGGCCUUUCGCUGGGGCAACGUUCCCACACAGUUCGUUCUCUCGGUCUAAGUCCUCCAUUAUGCCCUUUCUGGUGGGCCGUGCAGGCUGCUCGGACUUCCCUGAAGCCUCCCGCAGCCCAGCUGGGUCUGGCGGAGGACCGGCUGGUCAGCCGAGCGCUGGAGAGUGAGAGAUACGCUCUGCGCGCUGCGACUCUGCGCGCCGCGCUCCCUCCGCCCGUCCCCAGAUGGGCCCCGAGAAAGGACUACAUCCCCCAGAAGGCUUUGCCCGGGUGCGUUAUGUAAGUUUCCCUGCGAAGCGGCUGCUGGGGCAGAGGAAGGCGGGCGGCCGCGGCAGCGGAGAGAGCGGACUGCGAGGGCCACGACGGGCCGCAGCGGCGGGUAGGGGCGGCGCCGCAGUGAGGCCCGGCCCGGGGACUGGGCCCUGCGCUCGCGGGAGCUCGGCCAGGGCGGCCCUGAGCGGCCGAGCGUGCCCCCGGAGGGGAGCGGAGCGGGGCGGGCCCUCCGGACGGACGUAGAGCCCGGGAGCGCCCCCUCCUUGGAGCUGCGCAGCUCUACGCGAGGGAGAGAAGGCGGGCCAGCCCGGACGGCGGGAGGGAGGGCCGGACGGCGGGAGGGAGGAACCGACGGAGCAGGCGGGCGGCAGCCCCGGGCAAAAGCGAGGCGCCGCGGCGGCCCCCCAGGCGGGCCGCUUGGCCCGUGAGCCAUGGCGUCAGUGCAAGCGUCUCGGCGCCAGUGGUGCUACCUGUGCGACCUGCCCAAGAUGCCGUGGGCCAUGGUGUGGGACUUUAGCGAGGCCGUGUGCCGUGGCUGCGUGAACUUCGAGGGCGCCGACCGCAUCGAGCUGCUCAUCGAGGCCGCCAGACAGCUCAAGCGGAGUCACUCGCUGCCUGAGGGCCGCUCCCCGGGGCCCCCGGCCCUCAAGCCUCCCUCCGCCACCGGCAAGGAGACCGUUGGUGCCCAGCCGCAAGACCGCUAUGAACGGGCGUCCUCCUCGUCCUCCUCAUCUUCCUCAUCGUCUAUCGCCACAGCCGCAGCUUCCUCUGGGCAGACCUCCCGAAUGCCCCUGGCACCAGCCACCCUGGACUUUGGGAUAGGAGCCCGGCUUGCCAACGGUGAAGCAGAUGGGGCCCGGAGGGCUCUUCUGGGGGCCAUGCCGGGCUUGGUUUCGCCGGGGCUGCUAGCAGCCGCCGUGUCGGGGCUGGGAGGCAGGGGGAUGGCCCUGGCGGCCCGCCCAAGCUAUGGGGCCGAUUUCGAGAAGGAGAAGGCAGUGGCCGGGGUGGGUGCUGGGAGUGUGGUAGGCAGUCAGCCUCCCCGGGCUGCAGACUGCCUUGCGGAGCUGAACGAAGCCAUGCGUGGCCGAGCAGAGGAGUGGCACGGGCGGCCCAAGGCAGUUCGGGACCAGCUGCUGGCCCUUUCGGCCUGUGCCCCCUUCAAUGUGCGAUUCAAGAAGGACCAUGGGCUGGUGGGGCGGGUGUUUGCCUUUGAUGCAGCUGCCCGUCCCCCAGGCUAUGAGUUUGAGCUGAAGCUCUUCACCGAGUACCCCUGUGGCUCUGGUAACGUCUAUGCCGGAGUCCUGGCGGUGGCCCGCCAGAUGUUCCAUGACGCCCUCCGGGAGCCCGGCAAAGCCCUGGCCUCAUCGGGCUUCAAGUACCUGGAGUAUGAGAAAAGGCACGGCUCAGGGGAGUGGCGGCAGCUGGCCGAGCUCCUCACCGACGGUGUGCGUACCUUCCGCGAGCCGGCUCCCGCCGAGGCCCUGCCCCUGCAGUCCCCAGACAGUGCCUCUGCGCGCCCAGCUCGGACCCCUGGCCCGGUCCCCCGGAGGCGCAAAGCCUCCCCUGAGCCAGAGGGAGAGGCGGCUGGGAAGCUGACCAGCGAGGAGCACCAGCAGCAGCAGCAGCAGCAGCAGCAACAGCAGCAGCAGCAGCAGCAACAGCAGCAGCAGCAGCAGCGCCACUGGGGAGCAGCCCCGUACCCGGGUGAGCCUGCAGUAGCAGCAGCUGGGGCUCCUUCACCCAUUGCAGCCCUGAAGACAGUGGCUGAGGGGCUGGGCCAGUCACCCAAGGAGGGAGGAGGUGGGGGUGGAGGCCCUGGGAGGGGUGGAGGAGCCAGCCCGGCAGGCUCAUCCCCCGCAGCUCCUCAGAGGCUGGUAGCGCGCAAUGGAGAAGCAGAGGGGGAGUCUGGGAGUGGCGGCGUGGCCGGGGCAGGUGGUGGGACCAGUGGGGCUGGGGCUCCCCUGUGCUGCACGCUGUGCCGGGAGAGGCUGGAGGACACCCACUUUGUACAGUGCCCAUCAGUGCCAGGCCACAAGUUCUGCUUCCCCUGUUCGAGGGAGUUUAUCAAGACCAUGGGCCCUGCCGGUGAGGUCUACUGCCCCAGUGGGGACAAGUGCCCACUAGUAGGGUCCAGCGUGCCCUGGGCCUUCAUGCAGGGCGAGAUUGCCACCAUCCUGGCCGGUGACAUCAAGGUGAAGAAGGAGCGAGAUCCCUAAGCUUGACUCUCCCUCCUUCCCACUCCCUUCCCAGGCCCCAGAUUUCUGGAAUCCUGGACCCUGCAGCUAAAUUAUUCCCUCUGAGCAGCCCCCCCUUUUCCCGUACACCUUUCCCUUACCCACUGACUGAGCUUUCCCAGAGCUGAUCCUGGAGGCGCUAGCCUUGAGGACACCCACAAAGCUCUUGGUUGAGCCCUGCCAAACUCCUGGGGUCCAGCCCCGAGGCCAAGCUUCCCCAGAACAGCCACUCCAGAUUGGGGGGGAAGAUGGGGCCAGAACACCUCCAGAGCCAGAGACCCAGCUGUCUGGGUUUUUGCCUUUGGACAAAUUCUGUGAAUUGCUGCCCCCCGAUUUCCAGUGGGAGAUGGAGCCCUCCAAACCCAUCUCUCCUGCACACUGGGCCUCUGGAGCGGGUGCCUGCUGUUUGAAGGGAAGAGGUGGGCUCAAGGACUGGCCCAAAGCCCAGAGCCGGACCCAGAGAUGUCUGACUUUAGGAAAACAAACCCACUGUGGAACCCUUGCCUCCAAUUCCGAGGGGAGAGAUGGAUUUAAAGGCAGCCCCAGACCCCAGAGCCGGGACUGUGGACACACACUGGGUCCCUGCCCUUCAGUAGCGCUUCCUGGGAACAGUCACCUCUGCUUGUGGGGGGAGACCGGUUCAAGCACACCUCCAAAGCCUAGAGUCGGGGCCCUGGCAGCUUGGGUCCUUGACCUCCCACAGAGCUUCCUCAGAGCAACUGACCACUGAAUCCAACAGGUCCAAGGAUGAAUUCCAAAGCUCAACACUGGGCACAUUGCUCUCGGAGCAAAGCUUCCUGGAACAGCCAGCCCCCUUUCCCCGGGGUCGGGGGCAUGUGUGUGUGUGUGAGGGGUUUAAGGACAGCAUUGGUGCCCUUGCCUUCUUCAAGUGCUUCCCUGGGGAGGACACGGGUUCAAGGAAGACCUCCCUGUAGGCAGCUAGGUCCCUAUCCCUUCUCACGUCUUUCCCCAUCCCCAGACCCAGGGGGAGACGGGUUCCCUGGUCUUCUUGGGUGGGGGAUCCCUGCCCAGGCCAGCACCCUCGCAAAAGUCAGCUCUCCACCUGGAGGGGAAAGACAUGAAUGGAGCCAUAAACUUCCCUUGCUGGGGCCCUAGAUCCUUGGGGGAGGGGGGAAAGAGGGGUAGUUUCCAGGCCAGUGGCUUCCCCCACCCCAAGGGGGUUUUAGUUGUGUCCCCCCAUCUGUAGUGCUUGGCUUUUUUCUGCUGCUUGUAAUGGGGGGAGGGGGAAAGGGCCCCAAACCUGCCCUUUCAGAGAGAACAUGCCUGGAUUGGGGAACUCCUUUUUGGGGGGUAGGGGGGCCUCCUUCAAUAAAGUGAACUUUGGGGUUUUUUC